GCUCUGCUAAUUCAUACCCGUUAUUAACACGCAUUCUCAAUAACAUAUACAAAACUCCAGUCAGUAAUAAUAGUACGUUCUAUCUUGAUUUGAACGCCUCCCGUGGCCCAGAACAAUUCGUCGAUAGAUCUAUAACAAGUAGACUUGUAUCAUAA